AUGAGUGUCCAGACCCACAGCCAACUCCAAAGCGCUCCCCCCGUGACGACCACGGACGUGGAGCGCAAACGCAAACACAAGAACAAGGAUGCCUCGCCCUCGAAGAAGCGCAAGCAGACCGAGCUCGGUGAAAAGAAGAGCAAGAAGGAGAAAUCUAGCAAGGCGACUGGCACCAGCACCAGCACCAGCGCCACUACCACUACUGCUGAGUCCUCAGAUUCACCAUUCUCCCUGAUUACCGCUACGAUGUAUCUCCCUCUAUCGCCCAUCUCUAUCUCGCCCACUCACGCCUUGGCCUCGCUGCUCGCAGAGCACCUCUCCCCACUGCUAUUGACCUACUACCCCCCCCUUGAAGGGAAUCGUCAUGGCCUACUCCAACGCCUCGAUCUCCAGCUCCAAACCCUCAUCAAAACCCCGCCCAUCCUCCGACCCGAACCCGCAGCCUCUGACACUGGCCCGUACCGCAGACGAGUACGGCGUGCUCGCGGCCACAUCCUCGAAGGAAGCGUGAACGUGCAGUCUGAGGGUUUCCUUGGCGCCGUCAUAUUCAACCUCUUCUCCGUCGGUAUCGAGCGCAAGCGACUACCGCCUUCUUGGCGCUGGGUCCAACCCGGCGAGGAAGAUGAAAAUAACGAUCCUACAACCGGCACAACAGACGACGAGUCCGGUACCAGUGUUGACGGCGUACCUGUGAACUUCGAUGUCGAGAAAGAACUCUUCCAGCCGACUGCUCUUGCAGCGGACGAAUUGGAGCUCGAAGAUGGCGAGGACGAAGAUGAGGCGACGGGCCAUUUCCAGUCUGUGUCUGGACACCGUGUGCGCGGUAAUUUGAAGUUCCGCGUCGUUGAUGUCGAUGUUAUUCCCGGGUCGGAUCGGGAUCGUGGCUUUUUGAGUGUCGAGGGUACGAUGUUGUCGGUUGAGGAUGAGGAGAAGCUUUUGCUUGCAGAGCGAGAGGGUCAGUCGCUGCCUCCAGCUUUCUUGUCUACGACUAAGAGGUCGAAUCGUGUUGUUCCGAUUUCGAUUGAACCUGCUGCGGAGGCGGUUGUUUCUACGGUUGAUGUUCAUCUGGAUGGGGAGGUGGACGAGGAGGAGAAGCCUAAGAAGGAGAAGAAGGAAAAGAAGGAGAAGAAGGAGAAAAAGGAGAAGAGCGAGGACAAGGAUAAGUCUAAGCGGGAUAAGUCGAAGCACAGCAAGAAGAAGAGCAAGGAGUGA